GGGAAAAUCGACGAAACGCCGCCGUUUCCCUUUCCAUUCCCAUCCCCAAACGGCCGCCACGAGCCCCACCCUUCCACAGUUCCACCCCGUUCCCCAUCGUCUCCUCCUCGAGACGAAACCUCUCCGCUCCCAUCCAGCCAUCCGGGCGGAGCUCCCUGCCAGAAUGGAGGCGGCGCUGAAGGGCUAUUUCGGCUACUCGUCGUUCCGACCCUACCAGAGGGAGAUCAUACAGAAGGUCCUGGAUGGACGGGAUUGCCUCGUCGUCAUGGCCACCGGCAGCGGCAAAUCCAUCUGUUAUCAAAUACCCCCACUGGUUACAAAGAAGACAGCUGUUGUCGUAAGUCCUCUUCUGUCCCUGAUGCAAGACCAGGUUAUGAGUUUAAAACAAAAAGGUGUGAAAUCUGAGUACCUGGGCAGCACCCAAACAAAUAGCUCAGCCAGCAGCGAGGCUGAAAAAGGCAUGUUUGAUGUUCUGUACAUGACACCAGAGAAAGCCAUUUCACUUCCGUCAAGGUUUUGGAAUAACUUGCAGGCUGCCGGAAUAUGCUUGCUGGCCGUUGAUGAAGCGCAUUGCAUAUCAGAAUGGGGACAUGAUUUCAGGAUGGAAUACAAGGAGUUGCAUUUAUUACGUGACCUUCUUGUGGGGGUUCCCUUUGUUGCAUUAACUGCCACAGCCACAGAAAGGGUACGCAGAGAUAUUUCUACUUCCUUGGUUCUGUGCAAUCCACACGUCGUGGUUGGAUCGUUUGAUCGUCACAACCUUUUCUAUGGUGUGAAGUCAUGCAACCGAUCUAUAUCCUUUAUCAAUGAACUUGUGAAAGAUGUUUCAAAGAGGAGUGCUGUGGGUGAGUCAACAAUACUGUAUUGUACUACCAUCCGGGAAACCGAACAGAUUCAUGAGGCAUUUGUUACUGCUGGAAUCAAGUCUGGAAUGUACCACGGUAAAAUGGGUAGCAGAGCUAGAGAGGAAUCCCAUAGAUCCUUCAUCAGGGAUGAAGUGUGUGUGAUGGUGGCAACUAUAGCUUUUGGGAUGGGUAUUGAUAAGCCUGAUAUUAGAUGUGUAAUACACUAUGGAUGUCCAAAGAGCCUAGAGUCCUACUACCAGGAAAGUGGUCGUUGUGGAAGAGAUGGUCUGUCUUCAGUCUGCUGGCUAUAUUACCAAAGAAGCGAUUUUACAAAAGCUGACUUUUAUUGCGCUGAUGCAAAAAAUGGAACCCAGAGGAGAGCAAUCAUGGAUUCCUUCAUGGCAGCACAAAAAUAUUGCCUCCUUGCUACAUGCCGUAGAAGGUUCUUAUUGCAGUAUUUUGGCGAAGACCUCAACUCCGACUGUGGUAACUGUGAUAACUGCACAGCAGUGAAAAAUGUGAGAGAUUUGUCAAAAGAAACUUUUUUGCUGCUGUCGUGCAUCAAAUCUUUUGGAGGACGUUGGGGCCUCAAUUUACCUAUUGACGUUCUCCGUGGAUCACGAGUAAGAACAAUUGUUGACAACAAUUGUGAUAAACUACAAAUGCAUGGACGAGGUAAAGACUACUCACCAAACUGGUGGAAAGCACUUGGUGGCCUCCUUAUAGCACAUGAUUACUUGAAGGAGACUGUCCGUGAUACAUUUAGAUUUGUCAGUGUCAGUCCAAAAGGGGUCAAGUUUCUCUCUGCUGCUGAUAAAAUAGAUGGAACACCACUGGUUUUACAGCUGACUGCAGAGAUGAUUGAUCUAGAGGAACAUGGCAAUUCGCAGCACAAAGAAGGUGGUGGUUCAAAUCUUGUGCCCACAUUAGAGUCUGAAAAAUUCUUUCAGGAUGAAUCAAAACUGUAUCAAAUGCUCCUCAAUGUCAGGAUGGAGCUUGCUCAAGAUAUUGGGACCGCUCCAUAUGCCAUAUGCGGUGAUCAGACAAUAAGAAAUUUUGCAAAGAUGAGGCCUUCUACUGGAGCUAGACUUGCUAAUAUCGAUGGUGUCAACCAGCAUUUUAUCUCGCGUUUCAGUGGCACUUUUAUCCAAAAUAUCACACAAUUGUCAAAGGAGUUAAACCUUCCAUUGGAUAAUUCACCAUCACCACCACCGACAAUAAAUCCAGCUGUAGAGAAUAUAGCUGGUGUAUCAAAACCUGUACAGAACAAUCUUCCUGGGAUCUUGGGUGAUGCAAAGUUGACUGCAUGGGAAUUGUGGCAGAAGCAGGAGUUCUCAUUCCUAAAAAUUGCUUAUUUUCGCAGAGCAGUGCCAAUAAAAGAGCAAACAGUUAUUGCCUACAUACUUGAUGCUGCUCGAGAAGGAUGUGAGUUGGACUGGAGUAGGUUCUGCAGGGAGGUAGGGCUGACACCUGAGAUAGCCUCAGGGAUCCGUCUUGCAAUUGCAAAGGUUGGAUCACGUGACAAGUUGAAGCCAAUCAAAGAGGAGCUCCCAGAGAAUGUAACUUACGACAUGAUCAAGACAUUCCUGACGAUCGAGGGACGUGGAUUGUCAGAGCAGAUUUUUAGUAAUGCUCCUGCUUCCUCCCAUGCAAGUGAAGCCAGUGGAAAUGAUAAUCCAGCAGAUGGUGUCCAGGCGGCAGAUGCCUGUGAUGCAAACCCUUCAGCAAAGAGAGGCCAAACCGAUGGCAUGGUUGGUUCUGCUGAGGAGCCAGCAAUGAAACUGCAGAAGAUAGAGGAGCAUGGAGUUGAAUCUUCUGGCACAACUAGUGCCACUGAAGAAUCUGUACUAGAGCUUGUGGCCAGCCGCGAUGGGGUGUUAUUAGACGAUGUUGUCAAGCAUUUCAAUGGAUCCAAGAGAGAAUCAGUUGUCGAUAUAUUGGACAGCCUCGAGUCUGAAUUCGAAAUUUACAAGAAAAAUGGGAAAUACAUGAUCAUGUAACAAACUGAGGGGUUGCUAAAACCCAUUUCUAAGAUCUUGCCGGCAUAGCCUAGGGAGGGUAUAUGCCUUUUGGUUGUACCUGGAUGUGUAUAUAUGCUGGUGGUGACCUUGGAGUCGGAUUGGACUAUGGUUAGGUGAACCUUUUAUCUGCAACGUCGCUGUUCCGGCUGGUGUGCAUGUGUGCACGUUUUGGGAUCGACCAGAAGUUGUACGAUACGAGCGCUUGUUGGGGACCCUACGGCCUCCGGUUGACAGUUGUGCCUCAUCUCAUGCAUGGGUCAUGAUUCAUGGAUUUAUCUCAGGUUUCUUUGCUAAUUCAUUC